UAUCGUCUCCGUCUCUCCCACCUGCCGCCGGCCGAUCAAUGGGAGAGUAGGAGGAGGAGCUCCCUCAUCGUCUUUAAUGGAGUCUACUAUCUGGUAGUACUACCACUCCUGCUAGCGACUGAUCUUGUUCGUCUUCUCCUACCACCUACCCACCCAUCCCAUCCGCUGUUGCCUACUCCUUACCGGAUCCAUCCAUGGGGACCAUGCCGAUCGCCUUUACCUCCGGCCUCAUUGGCCGCAAAGUGCAAGCGUGUCCUCCUCCUCCUCCCCUUCUUCGUCUUCGCGGCAUUGCCAUGGAUUCACCGAGAUAAUAGUAGCUUGGCUUUGGCUUUAGCAUUUGGUCCGUCAGUUUCGCCGCCCAGGUUCAGUCCCAAUCACGAGACCUCCAUGGAUUCUUUUAACCUACCUUUCUCUCUGCCUUUUUCUCAUCCUCCAUUCUCUCUCUUUCUCUCUCGAUGGCAAGUAAGAAAAGCCCGUGCCUUUUCUGAAGGGAGGAAUGCGAGCUGAAGCUGAGCUUUCUUGCGUUGCCUGCUUUCCCUUUCGUGCGGAUUUGAUCUCCCCGGCCGGACGCAUCACGCAUCGUCGCCAUGCCGUCCGGUUCCGGCUCGUCGCAUCCAACAUGGGGGGAAAGCCUUUGCUACUGUAGCGUGUUCUUUUGUUCUGCACCUCUCCUUUGGCUGCUGCUGCUGCUUACUACUACUGUGGCCUUUCCAGGCCGGGUGUGAAGUGUGAUGAUUAGUUCUUGUGCCGUUUCCCAUCCAUCCACACUCUUGUCUCUCAUAAUAGUUUCCCAUUUUCCUCUCCCUGUGUGGUUUGUUCUUCUCCUCGGGGAUGUGGGGUGUUGAGAGAUGAGAGGUGUUCAAGAUAGGAAGCUGAAGAAGAAGCAGGACCUGCAGGUUCUGACGCCCUUCCCUGGAUGCUUGGGGAGGAUGAUAAACAUGUUCGACCUCAGCAAUGGCGUGGUUGCGACCAAGAUGCUCACCGAGAAAGCGCAUAGAGAUGUUUCUCCAGCAGGUAAAGACCGGGGUAAUGCUUUCAAGAUGGCAAUUGGUCCAUUCUCAUCACAGAUAGAAGAUAAAAAGAGAGAUAGUCAGACUAGAAAGCAGUCCCCAACUAAAAGAUUGAGCUCACCUACUAAAAGAUCUGGUGAGACGCCUGUUAAAAUGCUCAUAGAGCAGGACAUGUGGAAAGAAGGGAUGUCUGGUGAGGAGCCGCUGAAUGUUGUUGCCAGAUUGAUGGGUCUAAAUGAUGCUGCAGUCCACCAAUCUGAUCUGAAAUCUGGAAAAAGAUCAAACAAGGAAUAUCGAUCUGGUGGUUUUGAUGAGCACAGCCGGAAUCUCAGACCAAAGAAGGAAAGCAAAACCCACCAGAAAAGUGAGCCAUGCGGUGGUUUAAAUGAUCAAACUUUAAGAAUGAAUAUCAGCAGUAAUAAAUACCAAGGGAAGGAGCCUUCUUGUGAGAAGAGAAUGACCCUUGUGCGCGAAAAGUUUGCUGAAGCGAAACGUCUGGCAACAGAUGAGAAGCUUCUCCACACGAAGGAAUUCCAAGAAGCAUUGCAGUUUUUAAGCUCAAAUAAAGAUCUGUUCUUGAAAUUCCUUGAUGAGCCAAAUCCACUGUUAUCGAACAACAAUUAUGAGUUCCAACCUGUUACACCACCUUCGGAGACAAAACAAAUAACCAUACUGAAGCCAUCAGACUCGAUCAAGAGAAAUGGCAGCACUCUUGUGGGGAGGCAGCUAUAUUCGGACGGUGAUGAAAGUGAAGAGAACAAGUGCAGGCGUCAUCAGAGUUUAAAUGUUUCCCCAGCCAAUUCAACAUUUUCUGAACCAACAAGAAUUGUAGUACUAAAGCCAGGACUUGUAAAGGCCUAUGAACCCAAGAUUCUGAGAUCUCCUUCAUCAUCAUCAACUGUGGGCGAUAGCGAAGAGGAUAGUAUGUCGGCAGUUGAUGAGACAGUGCCAAGCUCAAGAAGACUGGCCAAAGAGAUAACUUGGCAGAUGAGAAUGCGUUUGAAAGACAAGCAGGAUGAAGAAAACUUACACUCUUAUGAGUUCCAUGAUAUUUACAUUGGAGAUGACUCCUUCAGCAAGUCAGAAGUUGAGAAUGCAAAAGAAAUAUCUGGUGAAAUAAGUGAGGAUUUGGAGUUCGGUACUCCUACUUCUGGCCGUUCCUGGGAUUUCCUGAGCAGGAGUGGCAGCCCUUACUCUGCAUCAUGCUCUAGUCAGACAUCCCAUCGACGUGAACCAUCAGUGGUCAGAGAAGCCAAAAAACGGAUUUUAGAGAGGUUGUCAAUGGUAUCAUCUACUGUCUCUGGUGAGGAAGAAAGGGAAGCACGCAGAAGUACAGGCACACUAGGUGAGAUGCUCACCAUUCCGGAAGUCAAGAAAGAUCAAGUGUUUGGGGAUGUAACAUUGGAGAACACAACACCUGAGAUGGAUUCGGAAGAACCGUUCUUAUGUUUGCCACGUUCUCGGUCUGUUCCGAUUUCUUUGUCUUUUGGAGGCAUUGAGCUAAAUGGAGUUGCCACUGGUUCUCAUGAAGUUGAGAAGGAAAAGAAUAGGAAGUCAUUAUCAUUUAGGGAAAAGGUUUCCAGCCUGUUCUCUAAAAAUAAGAAAACAGCUCGGGGGAAGCUAGAUUCAUCUGAAAUUCCAUCGACUAACGAUAGACUCAAGCAUGGAAAUACAGCUACUGCUAGUGAUUUCAAUGAAAACACAGACCAUUCUGCACUGGACAAUCCACUGAACUGUACAUCACAGAAUGCUGAUGAGAUUUCUAUGCCAACACUUAUGGCUAGUUCUUGGCACAGCAAUGGCAUGGAAAACAUACCUGCCAAGGAUAUUUCUUCCAUCCCGGUUAUUGGUGCCCCAGGAAUCUUUGGUGAGUCACAGGACCAACCAAGUCCUGUGUCUGUACUAGACGGACCAUUUCUCUCUGAUAACAACAGAAGCCUGCUGUGCUCAUCUGAAAGUUUCAUCUCUGCGUCCCCACAAACUUUGUCCAGAUCUCCACUGAUCGGAUCAUUUUCACGGUCACUUUCGUGGGAGGAUCCCCCAUUGGAAGUCAUGUCGCCCAAUUCUUUGAGACUAUCAAGGCUCUUCUCUAAGGCUGAUGAAGAUCAAGAUUCAUUGACAUUUAUCCAAAAGUUAGUCUGCUCUGCGGGCAUAGAUAGAGAUGGUUGCAUGUUGGCAAGUCCUUUGGAACUGGAGCUGCUUGAGAAGUUCUCAGAUUACCAAGAAGAGGGAAUUAAAUUGCGGGAAAGGCGGUCGAAAGAGAAGUUUCUUUUCGACGCUGUCAAUGAGGCACUCACUGAGCUCACUUGGACAGCAGAAUUGAUGGCGUACCCAUGGCGAAGGUCGUUUUCUUUGGAACACAAAGAUUGCGAGAAUGAUUGUAGUAACUCAGCGGCCGAUGAAAUUUGGCGAGUCAUACGGAAUUGGUCGAUCCUUGACAGGUAUCCACCUGGAGAAACUAUUGAAAGAAACCUCCUGGUGGAAAUGAUACUGAAGAGAGAGGUGGUGGAGGCGGCCCGUGGUGACAUGACACGGUUGGAGACUUUUGAACUCACCACUACGAUUUGUGCUAUGGUUUUGGAGGACCUGAUUGCAGAUGCAGCUGUAGAUCUGAGUGUCUGACUAACAACUAGUGAGGUACCUCCACCUUUCUAACCACUAAUUUUGCUUCUGCCUACUAACAUUGCUGCUUGCUCACGCCAUACUCGCUCUGUAACACUGCUUCAUUAAUUCCCAUUACCACAGAAAUGUGAUGCCAAAUGUGCCUUUUGCCUAAUAUGUGUCAUUUGUUAGUUCUUUCUUUUUCUUUCUGAGAGGAGCUUUCUCUUUCUUAGUAGAGGUGUGCUGUAAAUAGCUUGCCCUGUUUUCACGUUUGAAGAAAAAUACAUUUUGUCAGUAUUGUGUUUAUACCUUUUAAUCCAUGAACAACACAAGACAAAUAAUUGAUUCCAUUCGUCUCUAGUGAGCUGUUGGUGUUGUUGCUUUGUGGUCACCGGUGUUGUCUCAUUUAAGA